UACAGGCUGUCCCAGUUCCAAGGUAUACGUGGCUAGCCAGUCGAUGCUUAUUGUGCUCGUGGGAGCUGUGCCCAGGUACCACAUAGACCAGGAGGGAAUUCCAGCGAGCAGAGCUGAGCUUGCCAAGCACAUCCGUUUUGCCAGCAACUUCACAUCCAUCGUCACUGAGUGGUACCUAAUUGACCGAGAAGCCUACAAAGUAAGCCUUGCAUCAUCCCUAUUUUUUGCUGGACUGCUCAUUGGAAAUAUCACAUUUGGCCCUUUGUCAGAUAAACUGGGCAGGAAACCAGUGUAUAUCUCAGGUCUCUUUUUUGAUGUCAUUUUUGGGUAUGUCACAGCCUUAGCUCCGAAUUAUGACAUAUUUGCAGUUUCACGGUUUUUUGUUGGAAUCGUGAAUGGUGGAAUGGCUCUUGUGUCUUUUGUCCUAACACAGGAAUAUGUAGGAAAAUCAUUUUGGUCAUUUACAGGUUCACUAACUAAUGUGACAUUUGCAGUUGGCAUUGCUGUUUUUGCUUUGCUGGGUUACUGUAUCAGAGAGUGGCGCUACCUCGCCUUGGUGUCGAACACUCCAGGAGUCUUCUUCCUCCUCCUCUCUUUCAUGCUCCCAGAAUCUCCACGGUGGCUGUACUCCCAAGGGAAAACAGCAGAAGCUGAAGACGUGUUGCAAUAUAUUGCCCUUUGUAAUGGAAAAGAAAGAUUAAAUCUAAAAUUGAAACCAAGUGCAGGAACUCUGAGGAAGGAUGAGUUGGCACCUGGAAUCCUGAACUUGGUGAAACAACCGGUCCUUCGGUGGCGAACCAUCCUUCUGAUGUACAUCUGGUAUGUCUGCAGCUUUGUGUACUAUGGACUGACUUUAAAUGCUGGUGAAUUAAGAGGAAAUCUCUAUUUAAACGUGGCUCUUUCUGGUCUUGUAGAAGUUCCAGCAUUUCCUCUCUGCAUGUUUUUCAUUGAGAAAUCCUGGUCUGGAAGACGUAAAACCAUGACGUGUUUUCUGACAUUUGCAGGACUUGCCUGUGUGUUUACCAUGUUUUUACCAACAAAUGCUAAUCUCCUCCUGGGUCCCACUUUGUUAGCUCUGUGUGGAAAAAUGAUGGUCAGUGCUGCUUUCAACAUCCUGUAUAUUUAUACAUCUGAGCUGUACCCAACAGUGCUGAGAAAUGCUGGCUUGGGUGUCUGCUCCAUGUCUUGCAGAUUUGGGGGCAUUUUGGCUCCAUUUGUGCCAUCUAUGAAGUCUCUCAGUCCUUCUAUACCGUUCGUGGUGUUUGGAAUCACUGGACUGUCUGCAGGAUUCCUGACUCUCCUUCUGCCAGAAACACUAAAUAAGCCAAUUGCUGAGAGCAUCGACAGCCUCCAGAGUCCCAGAUACCAAGUGCUUAAAAAUGAAGAGACAGAGCAAAGCAGUUAGAAGAAAACACUUGAGUUUGAGGCCUGUCUGGUGGAAAAUGAAGCCUCCACUGAGAAGAUGCUGUAACAGCUGAAGGGCAAAGUGCUGCUCCCUGUGUCUGACAGGAAACAUUCCAGGACUCAUGUAUAAUGCUGUUUGUAGCAUGUUGAACAGCUCUGUGUGGAGACACACUGAGAAGAUGGAAGGAGUUGAUCAAAGCUUGUGAGAAAAGAGCUGACAAAUCUGUGCAUUAAUUUAAUGACUUAACAAAAGCCCACUUCAGAGGUUUGGACUUCUCUACAGCUUCUUGAAGUGAAGUAUUAAUUUAUUUUACAGGACGUAAUUGCCAGCUUCAGAUGAAGCUAUGAUGUUGUAAUUGAAGUGAUGUAUAAUUUAAAAUUUAGAUGGCCUUAUAUAUUCUGUCAAGCUGGAAAUGUGAAAAGGAGCAGCAUCCUGUAUAUGCUAAUUUUCUCUGCAGGUUUUUUGCCUCUAGACUACAGUGUAUACCUCACAGUGUGAAGAGACCAAAGAUCUGUGUGGGUUGUUGGCCUUAGGUCUAGCAUAAGAAACCUGAGCAGGAGAUCUGAAAGGAGAAUAAAUGGAUUCUGUUGUGGGAGACAGCAAGUUUUUGUUGGAGAAGAUGCCUUAAAUGAAAAAUAAUACUAUAUUGGAAAAAUUGUCAGGACUUGAAGAGGUGCAUUUAAAGGAGAGGAUGAGUAACCUUUUAGACAAAGGUUAUUAAGUUCUAGCUGUACAUGUGGAAUGAGAAAUUAUUGAGCAUGAGUUAUAUAUUGUAUAAUAUAUGUAGUAAUAUAUAAUCCCAUAUAUUUCAUAUAUCAGUUGGAAAUUCUUCCUGCAAGGGAACAGUGUUUGGUUAACAGUUAAUGUAUUUACGUUGGAAUAGAUGCAUCACAACCGUUACAGAUUUUUUUUAUGGCAAACACAAUUUUGUUAUUAAAAAGACAAUUAUUUUAACAUCUGUAUUAUGAGUGCUGCUUUUUCCAGGAUGUUUACCCAGGCUUUUUUGAAGAAUACUUGUAUUGUUUUGAUUUUGGCCCUUUAUCUAAUGUGUUGAUAGCAAAAGGUUACUGCUGGGCCACUGUGUUUUGAGAAGUUCCACAGUUAAAUAAUAGUUCGAGCACCUCUGGAAGUGUGUGUGCAUUUUUACACACACCAAAAUCUGUGCUGUGCCCACAUGUGCUUUUCCAGGAGCCUGAUCAGGACCCUGAGAGGUGAAGAUCAGUUGGUGAUCAGAACAAUGCUUAGAUAAUGUUGACAUACGGGUGCAUUUCCUUAGCCUCCAGGGAUGAAGCUUGAUGACAAACAGUCUAUGGAAUGUGCUCCAAACUUUUAUCUUCUGAUCAUUUAUUUAUUAAUUCGCUUUCAUGAGGAUUAGAAUGGAGUUUGUGAUUUUUUUCUUCCCUGACUAAUAUUAACACCUUCCAUUGCAUUAACAUUUAUAACCAUAGUGACUGAUUGUACGUCUUCAAAGGAUAAUUGGGUCAGCAGGGAUAUCAUAGAGACCAAGUUUUGUUACUGUUGACUUCAAUUUUUUUAUUACAGGAAAUAAAAUUUAAUAAGAAACAGAAUGAUAUCAAGUUAUAUUCCCAAAGCAGAGACUCAACUUUGGAAAGGGAGGAUCAUAAAGGUACCACCAUGUGGCGGGAGUGUAUUUCUCCCUCCUGCACUGCAUCAGUGCAUUUUUCCUCUUACUUUUAUUCAACAUUAUGUGAAAAAUGGGAAACCAAAUAAUUUGCCUUUUGAACAUGGUUAUUUCUGCUUUAUUUGACCUGGAAUUAAUGAAUUCUUUGCCUGGGGUGACUUCUGUGAAUGCGGUGGAUUGAUGACCAUAAAGCUGUGUGUCCCCAAAGACAAUGAUCUUUCCAGCAGCCCUGGCAUGACUCGUGGUACCUGGAGCUGUUUUUAGGAGGCUAGGCCAGUGUGGAAUCUGCUUUGGUACUUUGUCUCCAAGAUACAAAAAAAAUAAAUAUGGACAGAAACAUCAACUUCUGGUUUUGCUUCAUACAGUUUCCCUUCAAUUUAACACCUUAUUUACCAUUUUACUUUAAAUAUCCUUGCUGCAUUUUGCUACUGCAGUAUAAAAAGGUGGUAUUUGGGGGGAAAAAAAGCAUUUUUCCAAGUAUAUAUUUAGAAGUAAGGAAAUAAUUAGAAAGACUUUGUUGGACUAAUAUAACGUGUGCAUUAUGUCUUAUAAGGUAUAAGUGACACACCAACCAUAUGUCAUUCCUUACUGUAUUUGUCACAGCAAAUUGGAAAAGGCAGCACUUUGGUCAAAUAACUGAGUUUUUUUUUUGGGUAGAUGUCUUCCCUUAAAGCUAUGACUUUGUACAACUUGAAGUUCUUCAUGUAGAGCAACUCUUUUUCUCAUUAUGUUUAAUGAAGACAAAGCAUUUUUUGGGGGGGGGGGAAUGCCCUAAUUCUUUACUCAGUGUGGGACCAUUAUCUGUUGAUUUUCCACUUCUCUGUAAAAAGAACAAAAGGAGCUGAAUUAAUUCAAGUGGCUUAAUUAUACACAUUAGGUCACAAUCUCCAUCCUUAAAUACCACUUUUGGCUCUUCCCCUGUGCUUUAUUUGUGUGUAGAAAUUUGAUUGUAAUGUUGCAUCUGCACUGUUCAUCUGUUUCUGUGUUAAAACAAUGUCUUCAGUGCUUUAGCACUUGAUUGUGAAAUUGCUUUUCUUUCUUUAUCUGUUUUUAAACUGAUUUGAAGUCUUUAUCCCAGCAUUUGAGAAAGUUCUGCUACUUUCUGGAU